UAUCAGUCAUUUCACUCUGUCUGUCUCUUUCCUUCACCMUUGAAUUCCUUUAGUUUUAUGGCAGAUGAUCACCUUGGUURAAGAUUAAAAUGGUUUCCCUCCAAGAGCACCUCCCAAGCACCUCCCAAUGCUCACAGCAUGAAUUUGUUACUCUGAGUACUGAGCUGAGUACUAAACUUACUGAUGGCAGCAAGUCCAAUGGCCCACUUCUUUGCAGAAUAAAGAUAUUCAUUCAGACUAGUAUAAGCUAUUAAAUGAAAAAGUGCGAGUAUUCAGUGAUAUGUCUUAAUGGAUGGCAAUGGGGCAUUUGUUAAACUAUUUUUAAUUAAACUUUGAUGGAGAUAUUCCAGCAAUCUAUAGUUCAAAUUGAACCAAGUGACUUCAACCCAGAAGCCCAUGAACAAAUAUGGCAACUGGAUUUAAGCAGCGACUUUCAAAGUAUUUUAGAGACCAUAAGGAACAACAAAGACACCUCUCGAGUCUACUAUAUUCAUGGAGAACCUGGAAGCGGUUGCUCAACAUUGCUGCAAGGUCUUUGCCAGCAGCUCUGCAACACUAAUKUUGUAAARGAGUCAGAAAUAUUGUUUCUUUCUCUGAAUGAAGGCUGUCGUAAGGCAUUGUUUUGGGAAUUUAUGUCAAAGUUAGCCAAAAAGAAAAAUGAUGCUGAGAAAGUGUCCUUAUUCUCUAAAUCAUCAGUCAACAAAGAUCUGAAGAAAGAAGGUCUUGUUGAAUUCUUUGAGGAUCACUUUAAAGUCAUAUGUAUUGAUAAUGGAGAUCUAUGUCUUAAGUUUAUUGAUUCCUUUCUUGGUGAAGUCUUAAAGACAUGCAAGAUCACAAGUGUUUUGGUAAUUGCUAGCCAAACAGACAAUGAUAGACCUUCAGAUGAUGUUUUGUCCAAUGUAACMGUCAAUGGUCUUUGUGAUUCUGCUGCAAGAAACUUAUUCUCUACUGAACUACAACAGUUAACACUAAAAGACGAUGAACUAUCUAAUCUCUGUGAUUUGGUCAAUUGUAAUCCUGUUGCAAUACAACUGGUCUGUGCUUUCUUGAAUAAUCAAGAAGAAAAUGACAGUCUGUCUGUAUUAGAAUGGACUGACACUGCAGGGCAGAAGUCAUGUGUCUUAGAGAUGGUGCUCAGAUUGACCAAUAAGCAUCUGAAGGCUUCAAGUACUGGAAUACUUUGCGAGCUAUGCUUUCUUCAGCAGCCUCUUCCUKUGUUAAAUAUGCCUCCUGUAUUAGAAGAACUAAUUAAGUUAAAGCUACUUAGAGUUCAAAACAAAGAGGAAAUACAAUGUAUCCAUCUUCCUUCUACGUUGAAAAAGUAUUUGAAAUGCCAGAAAGAUUUGUACAGUGAACCUGAYAUWGWAUUUGAUGUUCUUCAUCACUGGUURAGUCUGGUUUCCAAUCAAAAACURCAUUCACUGAUUAAAGAAGCUGAAGAGCAUGCCUGGCCUUUUGUCCCUGAGUCAUGGCAAUUCAUUGAUGACAAAGAUGUUGGAAAAAAUGAAAGCUUUAAUGURAAAGAGCACAUCAUUUCCAAGAAUGUUCACAUGCCAUCACUCACAGAACUSCAGAUUCUCCAUGAAUGUUUGUAUCAUGCAUAUCUGCAGAAAAAUUUCAAGAAAUUGGCAGCAGUCACAUUUGUUCUUGACAGAUUUCUUUUUUGGCAAGGAGACAAGAAGAUAUCAAUGGCCAUAGUGGAUUAUAUUCAAGAACACAGCCCUGAAACUGCUAUUGCACCACAGCUGCUAGUAAGAAGGGCAAGGAAUAUGAAGAAUGAAGGCAAUCUUAGAGGAGCAGAGGAAAUCCUGGACGAAGUAUCCAAAGAAAAAGAAGGGGUUGGGCAUUGGAAGCACAGACAUGAAUUCCAAGCAGACCUUACGAGGGCUGCAUGUAUUCAGCUUAAGGGUGAAAUACAGUACAUCCUUGGAAAUUGGUUGAAGUCUGCUGGACUUCUUCUGGAAUCCAUUGAAUUGUUUGCAAAUCUUCCAAAUCCUGAUAARAAGGGGCUUUCGCUUGGUUAUGGAUUGCUGUGCCCAUGUCUUCGCAACAUGACAUCCAGGGACUAUUCUAUUUUGGCUCAGRAAUUUGGGCUUGUUCAGUUACAUCCUCUUCUUGCGGCAUACAUCAGUGCUCAAGAGGCCGCAAAAUCGUCAACGUACACCCCGAUGUUCUUUGUCAGRCACGUUUGCCAUGCAGGUGAAGUAUUGUUGGAGUUUAUCAAGCUUUCAACGCACAAAGAAGAAAGGCAAAUGYUGUUGAGAGUCGCUAUUGAAGACCUGAAAGAUAGCAUCCAGGCCCAUCAGUCGUUCAAGUCCCUGACCAGCAGGGAACAGUUCUACAUUCUUGUCUUAGCAUGUUUCAAAUUGAGCCUUGCGCUAUUAGAACGUCAAUCGGAAAAUGACAAAGAUGUAGGAAGAAGCUUAAAACCUAUAGCAGCAAAGCURUUUGAGCACUACUGCUCUUCUACUGGCCACGUUCUGGUGGAUGACCGAGUAGUGGAACUUAUUAAAAAGUGCCUUGAUUUACUUAGAUUGGAGACGUACCACARCGAUAAUUUACCAGAUUCUGGACAAAUUCUUUUAAAAUAUUACAAGCGGCGUGGAGCCCAGCGUUUGGAAGAAAAUACUCGUCUUAGAGUUGAGGGGUUAUUUGCCAAUAACAAACAGAUGCCUUCAAUGCCGGGGUCUCCUGAAUCGUUAACUUAUGAUGAAAGUAGCCUUUUUGGCUCCCCAGGCAACAAUAAUCAGCAUAUAUCAAGAAAUGAUGUCGAGAAAUACCCAGUCAUUGAAACUAUAUCAGAAAGAUUGACCGACGAGUCUGUCGACCGUUGCGCAGUUACAAUCGAAGAUAAGGGURCUUCGGAUAAAGAUAGGGAUAGUCCACCAGAAAAUGGUAUUGAUGUCGAUCAAGAAUUUGAAUCCAAACCUGGUGAAGAUACAGGCAGAUCAGAAAAGGAUGGGACUGUGGAUCGCUGUKCACGGACAGUGGAAGAGGAAAAAACUUUAAGCGGUAUGAWUGAAAAUCAACUAGUUCUUGCAGUGGAGGAAAAGGUGGAAUUCAGAGCCGGUGAAGACACAGGCACACCAGAAAAAGAUGGGACUGUGGAUCGCCGUGCACUGACAGUAGAAGAGGAAGAAAASUUAGUCGUAAUGACUGAAGAUAAACGAACUGCGGCACUGAGGGGCGAAGACUUGCAAUCCAGAACCGGUGAAGAUAUGGACAGACCAGAAAGUCGUGUCACAGUCGAUCAAUUUGCUCUGACAAUGGGAGAGGUGGGAAGAGAAGUAAGCUUCAAAACAGGCAUUACUGUAGAUGACCACAAAGUAGGAGAAGAAGAAGUAGGAGAUUUGAAAUUCAGAACUGACGAAGAUACAGGCAGACGAGAAGGGGGUGUGCCACUUGAUCAGUAUGCUSGUCAAGUUGAAGGAGAACAAAAAGAAGCGUCGGACGAAGAUGGAGGUGCUCUGACUGGAGAAGAAAAAGAAGAAUCGAAGACCAGCGGAAUUGGUGAAGUUACAGUUAUACCAGGAAAAACGAGAUGUAGAACUGAUCAAGAAGUAGCCAGAUCAGAAAAUGAUCCUCAGCAAAUAGAAGGAAGAAAGAAUAUAUUCACAGAAGAGUGCAAGCCCAGAGAGUUUGAAGUUUUGGAGGAAGACAGGAAUAAUAUCUCAGACACAAAUAUUGAUCAAAUUGAAUUGAUCAUGAAUACCAAAGGUGAAGAAGAAAAAGAUUGUCCAGUUGAUGAUUCAAGCAUACAAAGAGAUGUAAAGAGCACUGAAAGUGAGAAUGAUGAGAAGAACCAAGGCUCCCGGAGAGAAAAUAACCCUCCCAUUGCCCCAUUUGAGGAAAAUGAAGGCAACAAAAACAUUGCCUCCCCAGUUGAUGAUUCCAAAUAUGGCAAGGUCUCUUCCCGAUGUUCAUCUUCAAAAGAUGAAAAACCGAAAUCAUUAAGCAUCCAAGGCAAAAUACUUGAUCGAGAUGCUUUUGCAGAAGAUCAACUCAAGAGCAAAACUGUCGAUGAAUAUGCAUUUUUGUUGAGUCGUUCAGCGGAAAGUGACUCGCAAAUCAUAAUUCAAAGCUUAGAAGACGAGGCCGUGUCGUUACCAUCCCAUAGUCAGCCUAAAAUGCCAUUACAUUUUGGUGAGCUAAACCCUCAGCAAGAUGAAGAUAAAUCAAAAAGAGCUCUAGAUGGUAUUUUAUGGAAGUAUGAUUUCCCAAGUAGACAAUGGAGGUAUAAUCAAAUUAUGGUAUACAUUGGGGAUCCAUUGGAACUCCARAAAGGAAUGGAAGGUGCUCAGAGAGAUGUAUUUGCUGUGGAGUUUAUAAAUCAAGAUGAACCUCUUCAAAGAUAUGUAGCAAAGAGGUACCGAAAGAAAAUCCACCAUCAGCAGUAUGAGAAUGACGUCUUAAGCCAGAUGACGGCCCGGCAUUACGUAGCGAUGUUUAACCAAGAGCUUUCUAAGGCAGCCGCAGGUGUAACCGUCGGAGAAAUCCAGUUUUUGCCGGUAGUUCUCCUCCAGUUGGUCAAYACUUCCGGUCACGUAACCGAUGUCUUAAAUGCUGAGCCAUACAUGUCUGGGGAGUUUACUAAAUUAACCAAUAACGUUGAUUGGAAAAACGAAAGAAGACGUACCGAUCUUGUGUUGGCCUACAGUCAUUUUACUUACCAAGCAUCAGACUGUAAAUUGAUUAUUGUUGAUAUUCAGGGUUGGGCACCACGCGAUAACAAGGGAUGCACUUUCUUAACAGACCCACAGAUUCACUCUCGAGUUUACAAAUGCUUUGGGACUGGUAACCACGGGAUAAAAGGGUUCGAGAAGUUUUGGACUGAGCUGCAUUCCGAAUGCAAUCAUAUUUGCAGGAUGCUUAAUCUUCGUAGGCCAUCAGCACAGUGAGAUAAGCUAUAUGUGCUAUUUCUUUGAAAACUCGUAUAAAGUCGUUGCUCCGAAAUUUAGGUGGGUGUGGUGAGUGGAUGCCGGUGUUUUGAACUGUUUUUAGUGAAAUCAAAUAUCAAAUGAAAUGCUAAAUAUUUUUAAUCAUUCAMUGUCUAAAAGCACUAUUCUAUUUUUAAUAUUGAAUAUACUAGAACGCACAUGUAGGAUAUAUAUAUAUAUGCAGGCCUCCUUACUGCUGAUGCAAGGUGAAUAUGCACCUCUAUUUCACGGCUCAAAUUUUUAACCUCGAUGACACUCACUGUAACUCGCUGUGAUUUCAAGGGAGCGAUCGUUUUGGCAACGUUACACCGUUUCGCAAAUCGUUYUGCGGU